AUGGUGGAUUGGAAGGGAUUUGUGUGGACGGUGGAAUCGACCGUGAGCGACAGACGGUGGGAGGCGCAGAACUUCGUGCGCGACUCCAACCCCCUCAUCGGGUUCCAGCACUCCGUCCUCCUCUUCUCCGCCAUCUUCGCCUCCUUCAACGCCUUCUGGCCCGGCCAUACCGUGCACUCCUUGUUAGUGGCACCACCCGACGAUUUCUUCUGCGCGAGCGCGAGCCCGCUGGUCUUGUACUCGGUCGGGCAGCCGGCUUCGAGGUCGGAUUCGUAG